UUUACUUUUGUUUUUCUGUUGGGACUUGGUUUCUGAGCAAAUGUAGGAAAAGGGAAAAAAAAAAUAUUUAGUGUGAAGUUUGUUUGUCUUUUCUUGACUUUUCUGAGGAAACGAGCAGGGGGUGGUUUUUAAUUGUUGAAUGAUAAAUUCUGCCACAGAUCCUUGAACUUAACUGUGACAUUGGUCUGUGUUUUGUUGAUGAUGAAUGCAGAUCAAGUCUGAUAGUUUGGAGUUGAUCUGGAGGAUAUUCGAGAUUUGUGGUUGAAUAGGGAGUUGUGAUUAUUGAACCAACGCGGUUUGUGGGUUUGUGAUAUUUACGAGAAUUGCUGAUUCGGAAGCUUAAAAAGACAUUUCAGGGUUUAUUGAAUAUGAAUUUGGAUUUUGAUUGAGACGUGGGAAUUGAUGCCGCUGAUAUAAAGAAUUUGGUGCUUUGGAGGUGUUGGGUCUGCAUCGAAGAGAUAGGUGUGCUGGAAAUGGCGUCGGGAGAAGGGAGACGACAUCGGAAUCUUGUGCCUCUUGCUGCAUUGAUCAACAGAGAGAUGAGGAGUGAAAAGAUGGAGAAGCCGACUGUGAGAUACGGGUGUGCUGCUCAGUCUAGGAAAGGAGAGGAUUACUUCCUGAUGAAGACAGAUUGCCAGAGAAUCCCUGGGAAUUCUUCUUCAACCUUUUCUGUAUUUGCGAUCUUAGAUGGACACAAUGGGAAUGCCGCAGCCAUUUUUACGAGGGAAAAUUUGUUGAAUCAUGUAUUGGGUGCUAUGCCUCGUGGGCUUGGACGGGAGGAGUGGCUUCAAGCUUUGCCUCGGGCUUUAGUUGCUGGGUUUGUAAAGACGGACAAAGAAUUCCAGAGCAGAGGAGAAACUUCUGGAACGACUGCUACAUUUGUAAUAGUUGAUGGAUGGACUGUGACAGUUGCAUCUGUUGGCGACUCUCGAUGCAUAUUAGAUACUCAGGGCGGUGCUGUUUCGACCUUAACUGUCGAUCAUAGACUUGAAGAAAAUGUGGAGGAGAGGGAACGUGUGACAGCAAGUGGAGGUGAAGUAGGAAGACUUAGCAUUGUUGGUGGUGCUGAAAUUGGUCCACUCCGUUGUUGGCCAGGGGGUUUAUGUCUUUCUAGGUCAAUAGGGGAUAUGGAUGUCGGAGAGUUCAUAGUUCCAAUACCAUAUGUUAAACAAGUAAAGCUAUCAAAUGCAGGUGGGAGACUUAUAAUUGCUUCUGAUGGCAUUUGGGAUGCUCUGUGCUCAGAAAUGGCUGCAAAAUCUUGCCGUGGGUUGCCUGCUGAACUUGCUGCUAGGCAAGUUGUGAAGGAAGCAUUGAGGACAAGGGGCCUAAAGGAUGACACUACCUGCAUAGUUGUAGACAUAAUUCCUCCUGAUAAUUAUACAGCCUUCAACCCUCCAAAAAAGCAAAACAAGCUCAGAGCUCUAUUAUUCAGGAAGAGGUCACGUGAUUCUGUGAAUAAACUAUCAAAGAAGCUAUCAGCUAUAGGUAUAGUGGAAGAACUGUUUGAAGAAGGCUCGGCAAUGCUUGCUGAGAGACUGGGAAGUGAGGAGUGCCCAGGGCAGCCUACAUCUGGUCUUUUCAUGUGUGCUGUUUGCCAAGUUGAUCUUGCUCCAAGCGAGGGCAUUUCUGUUCAUGCUGGUUCCAUCUUCUCCACCAGCUCAAAGCCCUGGCAGGGGCCAUUUCUAUGUGCUGAUUGCCGUAAUAAGAAGGAUGCCAUGGAAGGAAAACGUCCCAGUGGAAUUAAAGUGGUAUAACUCUGUUAUUGUUUUGCCUCAUUUUUUCCCCUUCAGUCUAUUCUUUUAAUCCCAUUUUCCUCAACUGGGGCAAUUGUUUGAAUCUCACUACAAUGUUGUGUCAAAUGUAUAUGUAAUCUCUCCAAAUAAUGCAAAAUUAGUUUCAUUAUCUGAAGAAGAGUUAGUUUUAGGAACUCCUAAAUUGUGUUUUGGGAUGUGUCUUCCGAGAUUUGAAGCUACCCUCAACUCUGCUGGUAUACAAAUGGUGGUUGAAGUGAAUGCUUAUAUCAAUUUAACUUA